UGCAACUCUCGCUAAAUAUUCUCACUUUUCUGUGCUCGUAAACAAUGGCAUUUAAUGACAUACCCGUCGACACUUUAAAAAUAAAAAUAAAUGAACUUAAGCGGUUUCUCUCCAUAUCAUUAAGUAUCUCAAAUGCGCACACUGUGGACUUUUACACGCGUGAUGUUUGGAGCACGUUUAUGUGUGUGAAUCCAGAGGAAGUGUUGUGUGCUGUCAGUUCCACACAAGACCGCAUGAGAGCGAUAGAAGAGAAGGAAAACACUACGUUUGGUUUCUGCAAUGCCUCAAAGAAGUUGGUGGACAUAUCAGACCUGCUAAGGGCAGCGAAAGCCCACUGUUUACCAGGUCUGGGGGUCUGUAUGCAGCUGGAAGAUCUGAUGCAGAAUCUGAGACUGAUGACUGGAGACACUACAGCAGGACAGUCAUCAGACAAAGCAGUAACACCGGAUGAGUUUAUGAACUGUAAGAAGGCCCAUGAGGUGCAGGCAAUGUCUGAGGUUGUGGCUAGUUUGGCCAAAUACUGCCGAGUCAAACCGGUGAUAGACGUGGGUUCAGGCAAAGGCUACCUGUGCUCCUAUCUGUCCAUGCGGUUCAACCUGCAAGUGUUCGGGAUCGACUCCUCCAGCACCAACACACAUGGAGCUCAGGAGAGGAACAGGAAACUGAAGAAGUUCUCCAAAGCUUAUCAGAAACCGAACAAAGCCACUAGGGAGCAAACUUUGGACCGUGAGGAUGAGAGUAUACAACACAGCAGAAACUUUGAAAACAGUGAUGGCAUCAGAAACUUUAUAACUGAGGAAAAGAAAAGCUUUGAGGCUCGAGCGGAUAGCAGUUCUUUAUCAAAACAAGUCCCCAAUGAUUUAUCUGCUUCAGAUAAUGCUGCAGAAUGUCCAUUAGACCUGAAUGAUUUAGAUUCAGGAAGCAGCUUCCUCAGUAUGCUGUCUCUAGACGUCACAGAAGACGUCUCUCCCCGCGUCAACCACAGCCAGCUGAGUCUGGAGGAAAGAGAGAAGAGAAAGAGAGAGAAUCUGGAGAGGAAAGCUGGAGAAGGAAGGGGGAACAUCAGAGACGACGGCCUGUUUUCCCCUCUGACCUCAUAUGUCACCGCAGAAACUGAGCUCAAGACGCUGAUCACAGAGCUGGAGGAUGCAGUUCUGGUUGGUCUGCAUACGUGUGGAGAUUUGGCCCCCAGCACUCUGAGGAUGUUCAGGGCCAAACAGGAGCUGCGCGCCGUUUGCAGUGUGGGCUGCUGCUACCAUCUGCUCUCUGAAGAGUUUGAUCACGACAGACAGGGGUGUGUUGAUGGUGUGUGUGGUUUCCCUGUGAGUCAGUAUCUGAAGGCUCAGGAGUGUUUCUGUGGUCGAAAUGCCAGGAUGUCAGCGUGUCUCGCUCUGGAGAGAGUGUCUGCUGGAGGAGGGCUGCCUAUGGAGUCACUUUUUUAUCGGGCGGUUCUUCAUGUUAUUUUACGAGAUCACUACGAUUGCUUUAAAAGGUAUUUAUACUUAUUGUUGCUACAGCAAAUCUUCAUGGAUUAAAGAGAAAUAUAACCA